AUGGCGCCCGCUUCGGUGACGGCGAUUAUGGCUUUACUAUUGGGAUCUGCCGCGCAGACACUUGCGCCGCCGCCCGAACAUCCGAAAGGGACGGUGACUUACACCGUGGGAGACAUCAUGGGGUGGACCAUACCCGCAAGCGGGGCUGCUGCGUAUCGAGCAUGGGCUAGCAGCAAUAACUUUGAAGUCGGAGACAUUUUAGUCUUCAACUUCAACAAUGGAGCGCAGGACUUGGCCGAAGUCACGGAGACGGCUUUCGGCUCGUGCGACGGGGCCAACCCCCUCUCGAUCUCCACCGUCCCACCGGCAAGGAUCGCCCUCACCACCGCCGGCCAGCAUUUCUUCCUCUGCACCGUCCCCGGCCACUGCUCGUCUGGCCAAAAGGUUGCCAUCAACGUCACCACCGCCAGCUCCUCUGCCACUCCGCCGCCACCGUCCUCCUCUGCCGCCCCGCCCCCCAAGGCAGCCACUCCUUCUCCCUCCGCCUCUACCCCGACGUCCUCUGCCACCAAUCCGACUCCGUCGCCCUCCGCCUCCACUUCGUCAUCCUCAACUGUUUCUCCACCGAACGGCACUGUGACUCCGACACCUUCCACAGUGAGUCUUCCGCCUAAAGCAGCGACUCCAUCACUCUCCGCCACCCCGCUGCCCUCCAGCACGGCUGCUCCACCAUCUUCAGUGCCGGCUCCCUCAGUGGUAGCGGCAUCUCCCACGGGAGAUGCAGUUCAUCCUGCCCCAGGGAACUCGGCAGCAUCACUCAGCAUCACCGGCGUUUCUGCAGUUAUUUUGACAGCGGCCGUAGCUCUGUUCACUUUUCCGUGA